AAGAAGCAAAAAUAUUUAAAUGCCACUGAAAGAGAUGAUUUAGCUGAAACUCUCGGCUUGACAUCGACCCAAAUCAAGAUCUGGUUCCAGAAUCGUCGUUAUAAAUGUAAACGUAUAGAUCAAGAUCGAACUUUACAACUUUCAUCACAAUUCGCGUUUCCAAAUCAAGUAAUUAUUAGCGUCCCUUACGCAAACUUAUUUUGCUUAAUUAGUGAAAUAUGUGACCAGAUAUUGACUUAA